CUUUAGGCCUCGCGCAUGUGCACCCCGCUCGCGCGCUUCCGUCCGCGCGCCCUCGCCGCCUGCCUGUUCGCGCGCGUCAUCGCCAACGCCCAAGCCCCCUUCGCCUACGGCACACCCCACUGCACCUGCUCCCCGCGGGCUCCAAUCGCCUAUCGUGCACCCGCGUACAUCCGCGGUUCCAUGCGUGUUGCCGACGCCCGCCUCCUGCCUACCUCCUGCGCACGAUAACGCGUCACUCACGUCCAACAUCCUGGUGCCGCGUCUCC